UGUAUUAGAUCUCAUUCGCUAUAAAGGAACCCAAAGAAGCCCUCCUUAUUCGCUGCUCUCACAGCUGCGGCAGCCUUUCCUCUUGCACGGUGACGCAAAACGAGCAGGAAGCAAGAGAUGAAACGAAGUCGAGCAGAGGGCGCGAUGCCGUCCUCGAAGGCCUCCGCCGAAGCCUUCGGGAAGGCUCAGCGAAGGCAGAAGGCGUCGACGCCGAGGCUGGCGACGGCGGUGGCUUCGCUGGAGAACGCAGCGGCGAUGGGCGGAGGAGAUGACAAGAACCCUGCUGCUGCUGCUGCCUCCGCCGCCGACAUACGGCAGCCGUCUUUCAUUCCCUCUGCUCCGGCGGAGGAGGAAGCGGUGGGGUGGGGGGACGGGGCGGCGGAGCUGGGAGAGUGGUGGUGGUGCCUGUGGGGCGUGGAGGAGGAGAAGCUCUUGGGCUGGUUCCCGUUCGUGGACGAAGACUUCCUCUGCUCCGAUAGCAGGGGAAGUGAGGGGCCGGGCGGCCUGCUCUGGGAAGAGGAGGACCAUGAUAUCUGGGAGCUGCAAAACAUCCACGAGAUCCCACACGCAGCAGCCAAAUAAUUAAAGGUGGAAAUUGGAGGGAAAGUAGGAAUCAGUGUGAAGAAGUAGAGGACAAGACAGAUUAGGAAGAGAAAAGGAGUGAAGAAAGUAACAAGACAUGGGUGAAAGAUUGCAGCUUUGGAAGUGAAGUGGGUUUUUAAUGGUUUCUUGGUUGAUUUUGUGGCUUUUAUUGCUCUGUUCAAAUAUAGCGCUCGGAGCUGAGGGCCAGGUGACUCACUCGAAGAAUGAUAUUUCUUGUGCUCUUGUCUUCUUCUUCUUCUUCGCUCUAAUUCUUGAAUUCUUCCACCUUCUCUGUCUCUGGAAGAUGGGAUUCCAUUUUGGCUCAGAGAUGGGUGAUGUGGAGCAAAGCAGGAAAUGAUGCGUUCUUAUAUUGAUCCUUCUGAUGCUUGUGUCUCA